AUGAGGGUAUUGGAGAUAAUUCACAAUCACAUUCAUCCCUUAGUCAUAAGAUGUUUACUAUUGAGUGCUCGGAGACUACUUGCUGAGAUGAUUAUUAUAGAUGAGUUUCCAUUUAAAUUCGUGGAGUACCAAGGGUUUAAGAGGUUUGUGAAUGGGACUUUGACAUUAGUAGAACCUAAUUUUGUUCUUCCUUCUCGAAAAACAAUUUCUAAGGAUAUUUUGGGAAUUUAUGAUAGCACGAAAGAGAUGUUGAAGGACAUUUUUGUGAAAGAAGGAUAUAGAGUGUCACUCACAACCGAUACAUGGUCAUCAAUCCAAAAUAUGAACUAUUUGGUUUUGACUGCACACUUUAUUGAUAAAGAUUGGAAAUUACAUAAGAGAAUUCUUAAUUUCACCCAAAUUGAUAAUCAUAGAGGGGAGACGAUAGGAAAAGAGGUUGAGAAAUGUCUAAAACAGUGGGGUAUUAAAAAGGUUAUGACAUUGACAGUUGAUAAUGCUUCGUCAAAUGAUACUGCCAUUGCUUAUUUGAAGAAGCGUUUUAAGCAUGGGUUGGUGUUAGAUGGUGAGUUCUUGCAUGUUCGAUGUUGUGCACAUAUAUUGAACUUAAUUGUAUGCGAUGGCUUACAAGAUAUUAAUGAUUCAUUGGUUCGAAUUCGAGAUGCUGUGAGGUUUGUUAGAUCUUCUCCUGCUAGACUUACCACAUUUAAGAAGUGUAUCAAAAAGGAGAACAUAGAUAGUAAAAGUAUGUUGUGUCUUGAUGUUCCAACUAGUUGGAAUUCUACUUAUUUAAUGCUUGAGGCUGCUGUAAAAUUUGAAAAGGCAUUUGAGAGGUUAGAAGACUACGAGACAGUCUACAUGAAUAAGGAGGAAAAACCAACCACCAGGGAUUGGGAAAUUGCGAGAAUAUUUACCAAUUUCUUGUUAGUGUUCUAUGAAGUAAAGGUCUUUGUAUGUUACUUCCAAUACAGUCUUCCAUGUGAAUAG